AUGUAAAAAAAAUGUGUUAAUAUAAUUGCCGAUCCUUUAAUUCCUUAUAAUCUUCUUAAAAAAUCCACACAAAAGGACAACAGCUUUUAUAUAACUUUAAAUCCUACUUUAGAAUAAGUAACUUUGGACACCUUAAUCUCUUUGACAUUGGAAAAAUUUGCCUUAAAUUGCAAGAAAUUUAAAACUAAGUUGAUGGAGAAAAAAAUUCAAUUUCCCUCUGCAUUUAAACUUGAUAUAAAAUAUGACUCUGUCACAAAAAUGAAGAUAGAUCAUCCAAUAAUAGCAUCCCUAAAUUAAAGAAUUAUUUUUAAUCCGUAGUUCACUAACUAGAAGAAUUUAUUCGAACAUCUGAAUUAUUCUGGAAAUGUUGAUUUUUUUGAUAAUGAAUUCUUAGAUGAGGAAUUUCAGGCUGAGUUAUUACUUACAUUAUUAUUUUGGGAGAUCCUCUAAAAAUUGAAAUUAAGAUCUGAUUCAGAUAACUAUGAUAUUUAUAUCUAUCCUAAUAGGUGUAACUUUUUUAUAGUUUAGAAUUAAAUCUCACCUUUCUUCUCCUCAAAUCAAACAAAAUCGAUGAAUCUGUUAAUAAAUACCUAAACUAUUUAAAAAAUUGAUAAUGGCCUGGAAAUUAAUAAAGAAUAUGAAUUACAUUUAUUUGAUGUGCAUCCUCCUGAUGAGGUUAUAAAUAAAGGAAUAAUAAUAUAGUUAAGAAAUAUGAAUGAGAAUGACACAUAGAUAAACUAAUAUUAAAAUUCAAAGUUCGAAUAUCGUAAUUUAGACCAAGUCACUAUUACUCCGACAUCAUAUUAUUUUAUAUUCAGUACAUUAUGUCAGUUUGAAAAGAAAGAUGAGUUGAUGCAUAUUAUAACUUUUGAUCCUUCAUAACCACCUAAAUGUUAGAAAUGUAAUAUUAAUAUCCAUCCAGAUGAUUUUGAUACAUUUUACACAAAAAAAGGGUUAUAUGACGUAUGGGAAAAAGGUUAGCUAUAUUUAUAAUAGCUUGCUUAAUUCAUAUGUCCGACCUUUUUAUUGGGUAAUUAAAAUUUUAAAAUCAUGGAGGAUGAGAAAAGCUAAGAUCUAUACGUUCAUUUUUAUUAAAAUCAUUAAAAAGGAAAAAGUUAAAUCCUCAAUUAAGAAUAAAAUUAGGACGGUUUUAAACAAAAUCCCAAAAUUUAAGAUAUUACAGAAUUUGUCUUAUUGUAUAAAAAACUAUAAGUUUGUUCUCCUUUUAAUCCUUCUAGUAUUAAAGAGACUGAUAAUUAGUUAUUAUAUUCUUUUAAUGAAUGUCUCGAGAGUGAUGAGGAAGCUAAUCAAACAGAAGGUUGA